AGAGAGAGAGAGAGAGAGAGAGAGAGAGAGAGAGGUGCAUCAAUGGCGGACUCAACGGACGGUUCUUCUAGUUUCCGGACUCAGGCUAACGCUUUGUUCAGAAAAAAUUUGACCUUUCAGAGAAGGAAUUUCAAGACAAAUAUGAGGCUCAUAUUAUUCCCAGUCUUCCUCUAUUUGGACCAAGUGGGUACCUGUUCCAUGCCAAGUCCACCUGAAUGGCCUCCAUUAUUACAAGUACCAGCUCCACAAUAUCGAGCAGUGAGAACUGAUCAUUUGCUUUCAUUUGGAGAUUUUCCUAAUGACUCCUGCACAAGUACAGCUUCCUGCCCUACAACUGUACUUAUGACAGGGAAUAACCGAUCUCUUGGAGAGAGUUUGGCUAGAAAUAUGUUCCCAAGUUCAUCGAAUUUUAACUCAUCCAAUGGUCUGGCUGACGUUGUAUUGGGGUCAGCUUCAGAGACUCCAGUAUCCAACAUUCUUGAGCCUGCUUUCUUCUCGAGUCUUCCAGUCUACUAUAUUCAAUCUCAGUGCCAAGCCAACUCCACUUUUUCUAUUUCGGUCCCAGUGGCGUCAACGAAAGUGGAGAAAGAAAUUAGAUGUGUCCAAGGUCAACAUUUAUGGCGCAACAGGUCUUCUGAUAUUAACAAUGAGCUGUAUGCCGGAUACAAGAGGGGGAACUCUGAGAAGAAAAUAAAUGAGAUAUUAGCAGGCUAUGAUUUCUUGAAUUCCAAUGUCAGUAGUUAUGACGUGAUUGUAUGGUACAACUCUACCUACAAGAAUGAUUCAGGAAAUAUUCCCAUAGGACUUGUCCGGGUUCGUUUCAAAUGCUUUCCUACAACUUCUGCUUGGACCUUCUACAAAAUGUUGUUUGAUUUCGUAAAAGAGAUGCCCAAACCUGAAACCGAACGCAGGCUGGACUUCUCUUCUCUCCUUGGACCAUUAUUCUUUACAUGGGUCAUCUUGCAACUAUUCCCUAUUGUACUAACAGCUCUGGUUUAUGAGAAACAACAAAACUUAAGGAUCAUGAUGAAAAUGCAUGGGCUUGGGAAUGGUCCUUAUUGGAUGAUUUCUUACGCAUACUUCCUUGCCAUAUCUUUGGUUUACAUGUUCUGUUUCGUGGUCUUUGGCUCAGUUGUAGGGUUAAAGUUCUUCACAUUGAAUGACUACAGCAUCCAGUUUGUGUUCUAUUUCAUCUAUAUAAACUUACAAAUUUCUCUGGCGUUUCUAGUGGCUGCUCUCUUCUAUAAUGUGAAGACUGCUGCAGUUGUCGGGUACAUUAUUGUCUUUGCAACCGGUCUCGUGGGAGCAGGAUUCUUCCAGUUCUUCCUUGAAGCUACAUCAUUUCCAAAACAUUGGAUUGUUGUGAUGGAGUUAUACCCGGGGUUUUCUCUUUACCGUGGAUUAUAUGAUUUUUCACAAUAUGCUUUUACGGGAAAUUAUAUGGGGACUCGUGGAAUGCGUUGGGGAGAUUUAACUGACGAGCAUAAUGGGAUGGGUCGUGUCCUAAUAAUGAUGAUUGUGGAAUGGGUGGUGGUUUUCUUUAUUGCAUACUAUAUUGACCACGUUUUAACAUCGGGAAGUGGUGCCCGGAGAGGUCCACUUUUUUUCUUGGAAAAGUUCAAAAAUAAGUCAUCUUCUUCAUUCAGGAAGCCCGCAUCGUCAUUCAGGAAGCCUAGUUUACAAAGGAAGGGUUCAAAUCUAUAUCUAGAGUUGGAGAAACCUGAUGUUGUCCAAGAGAGAGAGAAGGUCGAGCAGAUACUUGUUGAACAAGACACGAACCAUGCAAUUGUCUGUGAUAAACUCAAAAAGGUGUAUCCGGGAAGUGAUGGAAACCCCGAGAAGAUUGCAGUUAGAGGGUUGACACUUGCAUUAUCUCAAGGGGAGUGUUUUGUUAAGCCAAGCUCUGGCACAGCAUAUGUUCAUGGCCUGGAUAUAAGAACAGACAUGGAUGGGAUUUAUGCCAACAUGGGUGUCUGUCCUCAACAUGACCUGCUCUGGGAAACCCUAACAGGUAGGGAACAUCUUCUUUUUUAUGGAAGACUUAAGAACCUUAAAGGCACCGCCUUGACACAAGCAGUUGAAGAAUCUCUAAGAAGUGUAAAUCUAUUCAAUGGUGGGGUUGCAGACAAGCAAUCCAGGAAGUACAGUGGAGGCAUGAAGAGGAGACUGAGUGUUGCCAUUUCAUUAAUCGGAGAUCCAAAGGUAGUAUACAUGGAUGAGCCCAGUACUGGACUUGACCCAGCUUCAAGAAACAAUUUAUGGAAUGUUGUCAAGCGAGCUAAACAAAACCGUGCUAUUAUUCUCACCACACACUCUAUGGAGGAAGCAGAGCAUCUAUGUGAUCGGUUAGGGAUUUUUGUUGAUGGAAGCUUGCAGUGUGUCGGAAACCCUAAAGAGUUGAAGGGUAGAUAUGGAGGUUCAUACGUGUUCACAAUGACAACAUCCUCAAAUCACGAGGCAGAUGUAGAAAACCUAGUAAAAGGUCUCUCGCCGGAUGCUAAAAAGAUAUACGAAAUAUCAGGGACACAAAAGUUUGAAUUGCCAAAAGAAGCCAUCAAAAUAGCAGAUGUUUUUCGUGCUGUUGAGAAUGCUAAAAGUAGGUUUGUUGUUCAGGCAUGGGGGCUUGCAGACACAACUCUUGAAGAUGUUUUCAUUAAAGUUGCUCGAGAGGCUCAACCAUUCGAUGUUCUCUCAUGAUGAUUUCAUCUAACAAAUUAUCAGAGGAAGUAUAUUAUAUCUUUAUAAAAAGUAUUUUAGUUUGUACAAAUUUGAAUUUCCAUUAAUUUAUUGAUCCAAUCACCCAUCUCGUGUACUGGUGUAGUAAUAUAUCUGAAAACUUGUAA